GUUUGUAUAGUUUUUUGAAAGUCUGCAAUUGUUAACUGAUUUUUUCAAACUUAAAAUCUUCUUUUUUUUUUGCAUCUUCAUCUCACGAGAAUAGCUUCUUCUUUUGUGUCGUUUGGUAUAGCCUGGUGUAUACAGAGCCAUCAAGGGUAUGUUUACAUUCAUAACAAAUUUCGUUCUUGAAUAACCAAUGGAAACUGCCCAGUUUCAAUAAUAAUACCUCUUAAAGCAAUAUUAAAACAGGAUGCUUUGGUACUCAGCGAAGGCUGGUUCAUCGUCAAUCGAUGACCUUUCUAAAAAGGAUUAAAUUGCAUUUUGUAGACAAGUAGCAAUGACUAUAAAUACAGGUAUAUAGAGCUGUCAUUUAUGUCUGUGCACUGAAUGCUUUGUCACAGUUGAUGCCAUGCAUUUUUCUUGUUACUAUGACUACUAAAAAUUAGGGGCUGUUUUGCACAAGAGUAAAUUGUUAUGAAUAUUUGUAAACUCAGGAAUUAGGCCUGACUGAAUUACUUAAAAAAUGUUUUCAUGAUUUUUUGCAUGUUUUUUUAUUAUUCGUAUGUUGCUGAUUUCUGUGAAGCCUAGCCAAUUCUAUUGUAGACUAGCACUCUUCAACCUAUAGCCAAAGACCGCAUAUUUCUGCCAAUAGUGGCAAGUGCUUUGACAGUUACAUGUAGCCAAGUUUGGUCUAGCUGUUUCUUAUUCUCAAGCUUAAAUCUAGGCCCACUUUUCCAUUUAUAACUUCACAAGUGUUAAAACAGGUACAUUACCUCAACAUCCCGCUUAUAAAUUAUUGACCUAUAGACUUUUCCUUUUAGAUAGAUAUAGUGAUUCAAUGUAUUUUACAGAAUACUCCAAAAUCGGUUGUGCAAAAUAAACUUGGACACAAUAUAUUCCGGGAUUAAUAUUUGGGGCAUGAUAUUAGCAAAUGUGCCACAUAAGAUUGUAAUAGAGUUACAGAAAUCAUAAAUCAUUGUGAAUUAUGGUAUUCAGGGUGAAAUAUUUAUUUUUCACAUUGGUAUGAGUAACAUUACUUAGUAUGAUUAUAAUGAUGCCUGUGGGACAUAUCAAGAAUUUUUUGCCAAAGGGUAUUUUUUAGCAUGCACAUUUUCAUUCUCAUGCUACAAAGUAACAAGCCAUAUUUCACAGAAUGAUUUUUCUAAAUAUGUAAAAAUGAUGCAUGUACCCAUUUAGAAUAAAAUGCUUCACUAUAUACUUUAAGGAAAACAGUCUUAAUGGGAAAUUUUCACAAUGCAUAAUUCUCAUUUGCAGAAGUAUCUGCUACUGUUAUUGAAGCCAAAAAUGGCUAAGGAUGGGAAUUGAGUUAAUGUGUCUACGUUUGAGUAAUAGUAACUGCCUUGUGUCUCCAGUAAUGAUUGUAUGUUUUAUGUAGGGAAUGAGGUCGGGCAGCUCGGCCCACAGUUCCUAGGAAUCAAUAUUAUAAUGGGAUGUUGAUGACUGCUCUGACAAUAGAGGAACUGAACUAAUGCAAUUCUAAAAGCUUAGAGCUAUAUAAAUUCUCGACUGUGCACACAAACGUUUCUAGGGUUGCCUAGUCUUGCAUAGUCUGCUGGAGGCUGUCAGGGUUUAGGUUUCUGCACAGAAAAAUUGAGUCAUCAUCAGCAUGUACUUGGAGGACUGGCCACCACCCAAAAAGUUUUUUCUCUCUUAUUUCUUCUCAAGUACAUUGGUUGGUGUUUAGUGAUAGCCUGAUAAGCUCUUAGUCAUCCAUGUAGACCACAGAGUGUUUGAGGAUUCCAGGAAAACUUGCCAAAUCAUGGGGAAGGAGGAAGAUGGAGAGAUGGCAUUCCGAUUGCGGAGUUCCAAGUUCCGUCAUGUGUAUGGGAAUCCUUCGCGCAGGGAAAACUGCUUUGAAAAUAUCAAAAUCUCCAGGAAUGCUCACGACAGCUCUUUUUGUGCUGUCAAUCCCAAGUUUGUUGCUAUAGUAACAGAAUCUGGAGGAGGAGGAAGUUUUAUAACCAUUCCAGUGAACAAGCCUGGAAGAGUGGAAACAAAUUUUCCCAAAGUUUGUGGUCAUAGAGGGCCAGUGCUUGACAUCAAGUGGUAUCCGUUUGAUGACAAUAUCAUUGCCUCUUGUUCUGAUGAUGCAACAGUAAAAAUUUGGCAAAUUCCUGAUGGAGGCCUAAAGACUAACAUGACGGAGUGGCAGGUGGAUCUCCAUGGUCACCAGAGGAGGGUGGGUUACCUGGAGUGGCACCCCACUGCCGAGAAUAUCUUGCUCAGUGCUGGCUUUGACAAUAAGUGCAUUCUGUGGAACAUUGAGACGGCUGAGCCCAUCAACAUCAUUAACUGUCACAAAGACAACAUCCACUCCAUAAACUGGAACAGAGAUGGCAGUUUGUUCUCAACGACAUCAAAAGAUAAGAUGCUCAGGGUAGUGGACCCAAGGUCAGGAGAAACAGCAGCUGAAACAGUAGCCCAGUCAGGGCCAAGAAUCUCAAAGUGUGUUUUCCUAGGAGACACCAGCAACAUCCUGACCUGUGGCUUCACCAGAAGUUGUGACCGACAAAUAGCAUUAUGGGAUGUGAGACACUUUAGUAACCCUCUGAGCACAGAAGAGAUAGACACAGCCUGUGGCACCCUUUUCCCUAUCUAUGACCAUGACAUUCGGGUGGUCUAUCUCGCAGGGAAGGGAGAUGGCAACAUUAGAUAUUUUGAGAUCAGUGAUGAAGCUCCACACAUCCACUACUUAAACCAGUACAUGUCUCCACAUCCACAGAGGGGUAUAGGUGUAAUGCCAAAGAGAGGCCUAGACAUAGCCAAACAUGAGAUAGCUAGAUUCUAUAAGCUCCACUCGUCAGCCAGAGGUGUCUGUGAACCUUUGUCUAUGAUUGUUCCUAGAAAGUCUGACUCCUUCCAAGCAGACGUGUAUCCACCGACUCCCAGCAGCACUCCAUCUUUGACAGCAGAUGAGUGGAUCAGUGGGCAGAGUAGAGAACCAAUCCUUGUCUCUCUAAAGGAUGGCCACGUCUCCAAUAAUCCUGUGAUUACCACUGCCAAAGCUGUUCAGAAAAAGGAUGGAAACAUCAGUCACACCCCAGUGAUCACUACCUACAAGGCCACAAAAGGCCAGACUCCAGAUUACACCACGCUAGCAUGGAAGGACAAGGGACAGAACCAAGUGCCAGCGAAUAAACUGCCCAAUUCUGUCAGGAAUAUUCAGAGGCUCAGUGAGAGUGUGAAAAAUACAGGCAGUGGGGACCAUAUGAAUGAAGACAAGAUCAGGCUGUUAGAGGAUGAAGAGAAGCUGAUUAUGUCUCAGACACUGCUGCCCUCUACAGAUGAUUCUAGAACUCUGGCUAAGAAGACGUGGAUGUCAACCCCAUCUCCCAUAGACUUGCCUGCUAAUCAGAUCCCUAACACAAAUCCAGAGUCACCAAGAAGUCCAAAGUCAUUAGCUCAGGCUUACAUGACAUUAGACAGCAUAGAGAUAAUAGACACCACUCCUCCUAUAUUACCACAAAGUACUGUAACCAAACUAACCAGAGAUGCAGAGCAGAGUGAUCCAUCCCUAGAACUUGUUAAGCCUUCUUCUCUGGGUUUGUCCAGAGCAAAACCACCCACCUUAACAAAAUUACCUACUCUGUCUGUAAAACCAACUAGUUCUACUAAAUCUUCAGGGAGUAGAGACUCUGAAAAUAUCCAUGUUGUUAAAGUAUGGUCUCCAGGUAGUGACACUCCAUCUAGUGGCAUACCUAAUGGCAUACCAAAGACCGACCCGGAGUUGAGGCGAGCCUACUUCCAGCAACUGGAGGAGAUCAGGAGUCUGAAGCAAGAAGUGGGACUGAAGGACAAACGAAUCCGUCAGCUUGAAGAUGAACUUCGCAAGUGUAAAAGUGAAACUUGCAAUGGGCAGUUGGAAGAACAAGUAUCUGAAAGUUCAUGUUAAAGAUGUCUACUUGUAAACUGACCAGUAAUGACCAAUAUGACUGAUCAAUAUAAAGGAUCUUUACUGUGCUGGGUGUUUGAAAAACUGCUAUGGAAAUGCUUUACUGUAACAGCGGUAGUGUGAAAUCUUGAGAGAGUAUUGCAGUGUGCAAAGUUGUCAUUGUUUAUUCCUGAUGUGUUUAGCCUGUUCAUAUCAUUGUGACAGGAAAGCAUAAGGCUAACUGCAUGUAAAUUGUUCAGCAGGCUUAAGUAUUUAUGCAUAUGUCAUUGAAUAAGGCAUAACUCAGCAUGAACAUAACCACAGUUAAAGUUGGUCGGAUUUUGUCAGAACAUAUCAGCUUGGUUUUGCUAGAAAGGAAAUUGUUUUGAGGAAGAAAUGUUUUGAUCUGAUAAGUAUGUGAAAGCAAGUUUUUGCUUUUUCUCAGUUGUUCUCAUUGGCUAUUAUAUACUUGCAAGGCAGCAAAUAGCAUUUUUAAUUUGGAUCAACACAAUCUAAACAAUUAAUUGCCCACUGGUUAUCAUAACAACAGAUAAUAAUUGUUGAAGUAAAAUUUGUGUGAUUAAAGAUUCAGAGCAUUAAGUCUGUGUCAUAUCACACCCUAAGUUUCAGAGCAAUGUACUGAGCAUUUGACAUAAAGCCACGCCCUGUGUACUGACCAUGUGACACAAGCCACACCCUGUGUACUAACCAUGUGACAUAAAGCCACACCCUACAGACCAUGUGACACAAACCCCUACCAUUUGCUCUUACAGCAUGACUAAACCAUCAUCCAUUUAUUUUACUAAGGGGGUGGGGCAAGGAUUAGCUUUUUUGCCUCAUUUCACUCAGCAUCCUUGCAUAUAUAUAAAAUAAUGAAGCACACUCGUGAAAUACAUUUCUCGUUUCAAGCCAUUUUAGAAGGGAAUUAGGGAAAUUUUCAAAGCUGGAAGGCAUAUUCCAGCUGUGCCCCAGCAGUGCUGCUCCGUAAAAAAAAAGACCUUCCCUGUAGUGGACGGAAAUGAUGCAUGUUUGAUCAUUUUUCACAGUUCUUACUGGCUGCCUUAAAUAGAAAAGGUGAUUUUGCUGUUAACUCUGAAACAAAACUGUCCCCAGAGAGCUGUCCAGCCAUCAUUUGGAUGGCCAAUUGGCCUCCAAAGACAGCUGGACAGUUUACUAUAUUUUUGGGGCAAUGAAUAGUUGGUUUGUCUUGGUUGGAUAGGACUCCCUGUAAAUUGAUGACAAAAUUACAGAUUCACAUUUUGCACUCCCUGUACACUAAAUUCCUGGGGAAACCCUUGCUCUGAAACUUGGGUUACUUUUUUCAACAAUAUAGAUCAUUAUGGGUAUUAUUAUACCAUGUCUUGCCUAUUUAUUAAUUUGAAUCAGGGUAACACUUAUUUAAUUUAUUUAAUUUUACAAAACUAUGGUAUAGGCUGUAGUGGAUCGUUAAAUUCUCAUGAUUGCUACAUUAGAAAGUGCCUAGUCUUUACCAAAUUUUGAAAAACUUUUCAUCAUAUUAGAUCUGUUGUAGACACCAGUUGUAAACAGAUGUGUCUAGCUUUAAUGUGUUCAAUAUUUUUAAUAUUUAGAUUAUUUUAACAUAUACAUUUUAAAGUGAAUCUUUUGUUAGAGAUGUGCACUCCUUAAUUUUUUUUUUUUUUUUGCAAUUGCUUUGAAAAAGGGAAAAUAUGACAGAUCAUAUAUAUUUAUAUGAAUACAUAUUUAAUAAUAACUAAAGAUAACAUAUAAAAAGAUCACAAGUGAUAAUUUUAAGCCAGGCUGUUAAAAUAUAGUGAUGUGUAAAUCUCAACUGGACAGUACAAAAAAAAAAAGGUAGAGAAAUCUUUAAAGUCACAUUAACUAGUUCAGUGUUGCCCUCUCUGAGGAAAUAGAAUUAUUUGGAUAAUAGUAUUUAAUACUUCAGGUACAAUAAAGUCAAUUAUCUUGCCUUUAAAAUACCACUUAAAUUAGUUUACAUCAUGAUGUCAUGUCAGAUUCAAAAUCUUACCAGCGUCCUUUAAAAGGGUGUAUCAUUUAAAAUACAUAUAUUGACAGAGAAUAGUUUAUUUACAUUUUAACAAUUUUUAGUUGUCAUCAGUGUUUUUUCAGUCAAUGUUAUCUGAAAUGUUGGAUCUCAAAUUUGUCAGUAAUAUAUAAGCUAGUAUUACAAUUUUGUCAGUAUCAUUUUGCAGCAACAGAAUCUGUCAAGCCUUUUCCUAAAAUAUUGAUACAAAUAUUUAUAUGGGGAGUUAUGUAAUUAUGUACAGUAAAUGUCUUGCCUAUUUGUUCAUCUGUAAGAGGCUUGGCUUAUGUCAAUUUAUUUAUAUAUAUGAACUUUGGAUAAUAAGAUAUUAGGGUAAAAAUCACUGUUCAUCCUUGACUUAUUACUAGUCAACAUGCAAGUAGUUCUUUCAUUCAGAAAUUGUCAGGUUAUUUACAUCUCAUAAUUAUGUCAAACUGAGUUUUUUCCUCUAUAACUAAGAAAACCAUCAAGGGGUUGUUCACAGCCAUUCACUAUUUAAAUGUCAAACCCAACUUGCUCAAAUGUAUCACCAGGUGUAGUUUGUAGGUGAUAGCAUGGCCUACUUAGUAAAAUAAAGGAACAAGGGGGUAGUCCGUUUUCACACACGGAUUCAAUUUAGAAACUUUGAGGAAGGUAAUUUAGCAAAUCUGACAUAGUAGUGGUGGCAUUCAGGUUUUGUCAAACUUGCUGUGUCAGGUAUUUAAAGAUUACAUCAAAAUUUGCAAUUUUUUUGUCCAAUGCAAAAGAUGAAAAGUAACCCAAUUGCAGUGUACCAAGUAAAAUAAAAUUUUCUUUGCUUUAUUUUGCAUUUUCUUUUCACUUGCAAGGUUUUGACUGUUGUAAAGCUCGAAAUAAACAUAAAACCUCAAUACACAAACCUACAAAACUUAAUUGCUUUUUAUCGUAUUUACAAGACAUAAUAGCAAAGUUCAAUUCAUGUUUAUAAAAAAUUUAUUGCAACAAAGAACAGACAAAAGUACAUUGGAAUGACCAAAUCUGUACAACUUAAAUGUAACAGAUUGUAAAAUAUAAUGAAUUGAAAGGUUACAUCAGCUAUAACAAUAAUCGUUUGACGCUGGGCUGAAUUAAAAAAUGAGUGAGAAAAGGUUUGUCUGUUCCUAGGGCAAUAUUAUAUAUACUGUACAAAAAUGCUAGUUCACUUUCUCAGGUCUGAGAAAACAUCUACAAAAUUAUACAAAUAUCAAGACAAGUCAAAACAUUCUGACAGGAGAUGGAGACCUAAACACUUCUGUGUAAGAAUAUAGGCAUCUUUACACAAUUCAACAAUAUUACCUGUCUGUUUUGUUGAAGAUAUUGACACUAAUGUCAGUAACAAUGACAGAUGAAUGACAGUAACAAUGCGAAGACUAUGCUACAAUGUACAAAUACUUCUGUCUUUCAAUCUGAUUCAGGACACGAUGAUUGUUCUAUAAUUUGUCACCUCCCUUAAAUGUUCUUGCUGUUGAUUGAAAUAUCACUAAAAACACCACAGCAGAUUGCAAGCUAAAUUUUGCAAACGCUGGAGACUGGUCCAGGUCAGAAUUGAUUUUAUUUCCUGCUGCCUCUACUCUUCUGCGCUACUGUGUGCCACAUGCACAGAGUGCCUCGAUACCUAUCAUACCAUGCAACAUUCUUUUAAAAAGUUUUCUCUUUAAUCAUCCUCGUCUUCCUCUUCUUCCUCCUCGUCUUCUUCAUCCAAUUUUCUCUUUGUCCCCCUUGGUGCUUCGUCUUAAAAAGGAUUUAUCAGUGUCAAAUCAACAUUU